CUUUAUUCGAAAGAAGGUUCUACGGGAAAGAGGGUGAAAAAAAUUAUCCAACUAUCCAGUUGGAUGGUUGAAAUAUUCGGAAACAGUGGACAUCAGGUGGUCGUUUAACGAACGAAAGGUAGCCGUUCGAAGGAAAAUACAAGAGAAACGAGCGUCUGCGCGUUACUAGGACUGGCUGUCACGAGAACUCCUGUAGAAGACGAGGCUCGCAGAAUUUCGCCGAGGCAACAGUGCGCGGACCGCCUGCACGCGACGCGGUUGCUUCGACGCGACACCCUCGACGCUCACGUUAUUGCCGCCACGAACCAUUCGAAACACACUCUAUUUUGCUCCAUCUUGACAGCCCUUGAUUCGCAACAAUCUCGAGAAACAAAAAUAAUUCUACGAAGUAUUUGUGUAACAUUUCCUACCGAUCGUCUUCGUAUUUCCUGACGAGUCACUGGACACUUCCACGGCAAAAUCUUCACAGCGCGAAGACAAUGAGCCGUGAAUAAAUAACCAGGAGUGCUACUUCGCUCGGAACAAGCAAACGAUCAGAUUAUGCAAUUGCGAGCACUGGCAGACUCGUGAAAAGGGUGCGAAAGACGUUCCACGCUUAUCUAAACACGCCGGAUUGCGAUCGCGAACAAUCAGAGGCGUUCAGGAGAAACUAAUCGAGAUAUUUUUUUAAUUGAUUUUUCCCGAUUGGCCGAACGAAGUGCAUAUAUUUUGCAGACGUAUAACAUUAGGAAAUACCGUAAAAGGGAUACCGACGCGAGUUGACAUAAAGACAAGUCGACGAAGAAAACGUAAAAAAUUCCUGCGACUGGAAAGUGACACGUUUAUUUAAAAGGAUUCGAGGGCGAGGUUAUUCACAAUGAUCGUGUUCAAAAGGAUCAUCGACAUCGAUUUUGGUCGAACUCGGUAUUGAAGAAAAAUGCGACGUCCGAAACAACGUUACACGAUUUUACGAUGAGAAACCAGCAGGACGCCACGAGUCGUCGAAACAGCGGCGACGACUGAUUAUGACGCGCGUCGGCACGCGCCGCGAUCACUCUCGUCUCCUCCUGCCAUUCUCAUCUUCCGGGACCUUCCACCUUUCCUGCAACCUGAUCCUUCUUCUCAGCCUCGUCUCUGUCCGCAGCGUCCUUCCAUGCAAUGAAAAGACCAGACCCCAGUGUCAUGACCCCGUGACCUUUCCUUACCGUCCAGUCGACGUUAGCGCGGAAAGAAAAUUCUCUCGAAGAAAUUCUGACGACGCUCCGGACUGGAUGCAACGCGGUCUAAGCUCGUCGAAUCGAGUGGAUAACAUCGACAUCGAGGAUAAUAGAACAUCGCGGAAGGAAACGAACUCGUUUAAACGAGAUUGUAGCCACCUGGCGAACAAACAACUCCAAUCGAAUGGCGAAUAUAACAGCGAAUUCUUCGGUGGCGUGACCAAAAUACUCGACAAUUCUUUCGUCGAGUUCCGUAGACGGCACGAGAAGCGAAAAUUACGAAAAGGAAACGGCGCGCAAAUCGAUACGGAUACUCGAACGGACGAUACGAGCGUAUCGAACACCGUGAGUUACCAUGCUAGAAGACACAUUGACCCUAGGAUGAAAAGAAACUUUGAGAGGAAACGUAAAUUGAACUGGAAGACUACGUCGAGUUCCCCCGGAUUAGAGGCACCGCUUUCCGAUUGCGACGGCGAAUGCGACGAGGAGCGUUCACGGUCCGUUCGAAGGAACAGAUCCGAUAGAGUCGCGGAUAAUCCCAGAACGAAAGGAGACAAUGAAACGGAGCCUACAGUUCAUCCGACGGAAGUAGAUAGCAAUCUGUCAGCGGCUCUGAACGAGACCAGCGAGGAGCCUUUCAUUGGCUUCGAAGGAUCGCAAAAGUUCCCCAUAAAAGUCACCCAUAAACCGCCCGUAGCACCUCAAAUUGAAAAGUACGACAGAAGGCACUUCGGUCCGCCCAAGCUGGACGUUCCCGAGGUCACUUUAGCGUCGUAUCCGACAACGAUGUCACCGGAUCUGCCCAAGAGCGCCGGCAGAGACGUUCUCCAUCGUCAUCGUAAAGUGGACGAGAACGCGGAAGAGGAACGGCGGCAGGAAACGAUCGACGCGAACGAUAAGGCUAACGACACCGCUGACGAUUUCUGGUUACCGGGUGCCUCUUCCGGGCGUCGCUCCUCGAACAUAAACGCCGGCAAAUCGGAGGAGAAGCGCGUCUCGACGCCCUAUCCGUUGUUGAUAUCCACCGAACAAGAUUUCGAGAACGCAUCGAGCACCCGGGAAGAGAAGAAAGAGGAAGAGGAAGAUGUCACGGUGUCGAGCGCGAAACCGUUCGAAAAGACGAAUAUAACCAUCUUGGGUCUGUUCGAGAUGACUCGAGGUCAAGAGCCGAGACCGGAAGGACCCAGCGAACUGCAAGCGGCUAGAUUAGCAGUCGAACGAGUGAACGAAAUGAACGCCUUGUCCAAAUUCCAACUGCGUCUUAUUUACAACGAUACUAAGUGCGAUCCGGGAGUGGCGGUUGAUAGAUUCUUCCACGCUCUGUACUCGGCGGAGAAGAACGAUCUGAUACCUCUGUUGCUGGGUACCGCCUGUUCCGAGGUCACGGAAACCUUGGCCAAGAUCGUGCCCUAUUGGAACGUGAUUCAAGUUUCCUUUGGAUCCACCGCACCUGCGCUGUCGGAUUCCACCGAGUUCCCAUUGUUCCUGCGAACCGUGGCACCGGAUUCGAGCCACAACUCUGCCAGGAUAGCGUUGAUCAAGCAUUUCGGAUGGGACACGGUCACGGCCCUUUCGCAGACCGGUGACAUGUAUUCUCUGGCUGUGAACGAUCUGGUCACAGAACUGGAGCAGGCGAAUAUCACGUGCACCGCUACCAUCACGUUCGCGGAAAACGACUACAAGGAACAGCUGCGAAGUUUGAAAGAGUUGGACACGAGAAUCAUCAUCGGGAGUUUCUCACCGCGUCUGGCGCCACGCGUUUUCUGCGAGGCCUGGAAGCUGGGAAUGCACGGGGGCGACUACGCAUGGAUUUUGCCAGGUGACACGAUCGACCUAUCAGGAAUGGCUGGUAACUGGUGGCACUCUGGACCAGAGGAAUGUACACCGUCGCAGCUAUCGCAAACUCUGGAUGGUUUGAUCAUCGUCAAGAGCCACGGAUCCGCCUUAGGAAAUGAGAUCAGUUCCUCCGGGCUGACGAGCAGUAAGUUCACGUCGGAAUUGGCAAAAAGAGGCGUGACACUUUCGAAGUUUGCCGCUCAAACGUACGACGCCGUUUGGGCCAUAGCUCUCGGAUUGGAGAGGACCGAGGCCCUUUUGAACAAGGACAACACCAGCCUCAGCCAGUACACGCACACCAGAAAAGACAUUGCGUUGAGAUUGCUGGAACAGCUGAAGCUUCUACGUUUUAUCGGUGUUUCGGGGCCAGUCUCGUUCGAUGGAGCAGAUCGCGUGGGUAUCACGGCCUUUUACCAGAUGCACGGUCACGUUAUAAGAAGGAUAGCGAUUUUCAGCCCGGAAGACGGCAAACUGAUAAUGAAUUGCCCAGGAUGCGCGAUAACCAGGUGGCCUGGUGGACACCCUCCUGCGGCCCGAAGGGUUUGCCGGUUAAGAGUAGUUACCGUGGCACCAGCUGCUUUUCUCGCGGUUACCUGUCUUGCCAGUGUCGGAGUCACUCUGGCACUCGCCUUCCUGGCUUUCAAUCUGCACUUUCGUAAACACAAGAGCAUAAAGCUUUCAAGCCCUAGACUGAACAAUAUGGCCGCUGUCGGUUGUGGUCUGGUCUAUGGUGCGGUUAUACUUCUGGGUUUGGAUCACGCCACGCUUCCGGAUAGCAACGACUAUUAUCCUACAGUGUGCACCGCGAGGGUGUACCUAUUGUCUGCCGGCUUUUCUCUGGCUUUCGGAUCGAUGUUCACCAAGACCUAUCGCGUGCACCGGAUUUUCACGAGAAGCAGAAGCGGCGUUGUCAAGAAUAAGCUACUUCAGGAUACCCAGCUUAUAAGCUUAAUCUGCGUCCUUCUACUGAUAGACGGCCUCGUGGUGACCCUGUGGGUGACUUUCGACCCUAUGCAACGUCAUCUCCGAAACUUAACCCUGGAGAUUAACCCUCAGGAUAGGGGUGUCGUCUAUCAGCCCCAGGUUGAAGUGUGUCGUUCUCAACACACGAACAGUUGGCUAGGAGCUCUUUACAUUUACAAAGGCCUACUGCUGAUCGUCGGUGUCUACAUGGCCUGGGAAACGAGACACGUGAAGAUCCCGGCGUUGAACGAUUCCCAGUACAUCGGCAUGAGCGUCUAUUUCGUGGUGAUCACGUCGGGUAUCGUAGUGGUUUUGGCUAAUUUAAUAUCGGAUCGGGCGACCCUGGCAUUCGUGACGAUCACGGCCUUAAUUUUGGCUUCUACCACCACGACGUUGGUGUUGCUGUUCCUUCCCCAGCUGGCCAAUAUUCUAGCCGGAGAGAGAGCCGAUCCUGUCGUACAAAGCCUCGGCUUGAAAAUAGAAUGCAAUACGAGGAGAUUCGUCACCGACGAUAGAACCGAGCUUCAGUACCGCGUGGAAGUGCAGAAUCGCGUGUACCGCCGUGAAAUGGCCCAGCUGGAGCUAGAACUUGCCAGAUUGGAAAAACAAUUGGCACAGGAACAGGUGGAAGCAUCGCACGCCUCGUCGAGCGCAUCGAUUCCGCAACGCAAUCCCAGCAUCGGCGGAGGACUACCUUUGUUGUUGCUCAGUGUCCUUCCGCCGGUCAUCCCUAGGGCUAGCUGGCCGUCCGCGGAUUCAUCCGGCAUACGCCGGGGUACCGUAGCGUUUAGCAGCCAACCGGAUCUGGAACCAGACGGCGCCAGAAGAAGUCUCGCAGAUAUUUACAAGCUUCAUCGGCGCAGAGAAACAGAAGGACCGAACCGUUUGGGUGUUUUUCAGCGACUCUUGAGUCUUUUUGGCAGUCGACCUAACAGCAGAAAAACAUCGACCGCCUCGUUUUCGGGAGUAGCGUCAGCGCUGCGGGUUCAUAUGGGUUACAUCGCUGGUUUGGUACCAGGCACAAAAGCUGCGUCUACCUGUCAGAUGAAUGCCCAAGGCACUCGUUCGCCUCAUCCUCGGUGUUGCUCAGGACCAAUAAUUAGUAUUACUAGCGAAGAAGAUCGCAGAUUAAGCCUGGGGCUACGUCGUAAAGAGAGCAGCGAGCCAAGAGUCAAUUUCAGCCUACCGCCCAAAGCAAGUACCAGUCAAACAUCCUCGCGAGAGAAGAUCCGUGGAUCACCACGAUUCCCUCACAGGAUAGUCCCAGCGAACAGCUUGAACGCGAUCGCUGCUGGAUCGUCGAUCGCAACAUCGCAUCGAUGGCACUCGAUGGAAGACGCUAGGAAAACGAAAGUCGCCCAACUGCCUCGAGGUUCCUCGUGCAGUCCCAGUUCCGACGUAUGGAUCACUCGCCACGAGCUUGGGAUCCCUUUGAGCGAACUGGGAAACGCUGCUCGAGACUUGAAACUUCCAGAAUCGUUAGCUUUGCCCGCGACCGCAGAGUCGACCGUGUCCAACAUCGUGGCCGUCGAGGACGAAUCGAAAAGGAUGACGGAGAACGACGGUUCCGUCGAGGCAGAGACGAAGAUCACCGAAUCACCUUCCUCCUCGCCAUCCUCGCCGACCAAGAUGUCGAACAACAAACCGUCGUCGUCUAAAAACGAGCUUCAUGCAGACGCGAGUGAGAAUACUCGAGCAUCGGAGUGUUCUCGAUCGUCGAGUUCCGCGACAAAUUCGAACACUUUGGAAGAGAACGUUUCGCGUCAAAACGAAGAAUCAACUGCCGCGUAAAGUAAAUCCGUGGGAGAGACACUGCUUCCUGCAAUAUCCUUUCCUCCUUCGUUAGUCUAUAGUAUCGAACGAGGAACGUCGUAUGAUUUGUGCCAAAAGGUACAGACGAAGAACACGAUCCAUGAACGCGUUUCUCUCUUCCUUUAAUCCUUAUGAUCCCAAAGAUCGAUUUAGGCCGGUUAAAAUCAUUCGAGUACAUUAUAUUUGAUCGCUGAACAUUUCAGAUAUUUUCAAGAAUAUAUUGCAACAUUUUCAGUUUGAACGUUACGUUUUAAGUUUAACUUGGGAUCAAAAGAAUUAAGCGUAACACGUAGAAAGAUUGCACGCGAGAAUCAUCUGUGGCCACGUUUGUGCCGCGAAAAAAUCAACUCGUACGAGGGAUGAAAAUUUAUUGCCAUUUAAACUUUGAUCGUGUGUGUUCCCUAGCAAUCGUGCCAAAGACAAACAUAUACAGGACCGGUAAAAGUAUACAGUUGAUCGACUUUAUGGAUUACGGAGGGACCAACGUAUUAAUGAUCAUUCCCGUUUUGUUAUUUGAAAUCCGUUUCGAUGAAAAAAUUCAUCGUAAAUUCAUUGAGCUUUUCGUUUCUUCGAUAUCGUUUCGUACAAUUGACAAGCUCAAAUCCCGUAAGGUCGUGAAAGACAAGUCGAGGAAACUCUUACAGGUCCAAACAAACGUUAAAGUGUUCAGCGUUCUAGAUCCCUUCCUUCAGUACCUGUACUCGGUGUAAUCUGUUUCGGUCAUAGUCCAUAGUUUUCGUAAACCCACGAGGAAACAUCGAGUUGUCUGACCCUGAAGAAGCUAAUGCAAUAUUAAUACAUCACACGAUAUAUGUAUAUGAUCGUACUUUUAAAAAAAAGUAUGAGAGUAAAUAUAAGUUACACUCGAGAGCUACGAACUGUGCUCGAAACAGUGAUCCAGGUCGUGAUAUUUGUUCGCGGUCUAAAACGAAAAUAAAAAUUGUCGAUUUCUGCUGUGAAUCUUAAAUCGCGAUGCACUGAUAUUUUCAUGCUGAUACGAGUUAUUGUUCGUGUAUAAAUCUGUAGAUAAAACUGGAAGAAGCGCAAACGUAUUCUCUCGUUUCGUACUUCGAUAAACGUCUCGAUGUGUCAAUCAUUGAAUUUACUGACUUACUACCACUAAGCAAUAAUGUUUUGUCGGUACAAUUAACAAAUGGUAUAAUAAAGAUACGUAUAUAUUCUACCUAUUUACUGGAACACACGUUUCUUUUUUCAUUCCGUUCAUCACCCGAGAAGCUGGAGCAAGUGAAAUUCCGUUACAAAUAAAUUAGAAGAUUUUAUUGUUAUCUAUCUGUAAGUAUAACACGAUGCAUAUGAAUUGGUGGAGUACAAAAAGUUAUACAUCUUUUUUUUUUUUAACAGAGCAGUUAUUUACAUUGCGUUAAUGAAAUUUCCAA